CUCGGUAACCUCUCAAAAAGGGGGUUUCGCCAAACUCUCCGGCCAUGCCGGGUGUGUCACGGGCUCCGGCCAUGCCCUCACAGAAGGUGGGACGCCGGAAUUACCUGGGGCGGUGUCGCUUACAUGAUCGUGCGUAUACCUGCUUAGGUAUGACAUAGGAGUAUGUAGCUAGCUCACUACCUACCAGCUGCCUAAAUAUCUAAAUCAUGUACAAACCGGCUCCCGGACAACUGUCAAUCAACCCUUGGUCUCUCACUGGCAAAUAUUCGACAUGUCCGAAGACGUGACAUACGGAACACUCAGAUCUGUCACCGUCAUCUUCAGCCCUUACCACGUCGGCAUCCACAACCACGCUGUCGGUGCCGGACCGGGAAGGUUACGGAGUUCCGGACUCGUUUCGUCGCUACAGAAGCUGGGCGUAAAAGUCCACGAAGUCGAAAUCAAGAGAGUGUACAACUCCGAAGGGGAUAUCGGCCGCAGCUUCGAGGUCAUCAGGCGCAUUGCAUGGGCUGUCACGGCGGCGCGGGAUGGAGGGUCAUUCCCCAUUGUGAUCGCGGGCAAUUGCUCCGCUACCGUCGGUGUGUUGGCUGGUUUGACUGGCUGCAAGCCUUUUGCUGAGCGCGAGUUGGGAUGUAUUUGGUUCGACUCGCACGAUGAUUUCAAUAUUCCUGAUACGGUUAUGAGCGGGUAUUUCGAUUCGAUGGGCGUGGCGAUUAUGGCCGGGCAGUGUUGGAAAGCUUUAGCAGGUAGCGUGCCGGGCUUCAGACCCUUGAAGUUGAAGAGGUUUGUGCAUGUUGGGAUGAGGGAUGUUAAUGAACUUGAGCGGGUGAGGGUUAGUGAGGCUGGGUAUGAUGUUGUUUGGGGGGAUGAAGAGAGAAAGGUUGAUUUCCGUGGUGAACUGGAGGAAGCCAUAGGUGGAAACAAGGAGAUGAAGGAAGACGGAGGGUUGACGAUGGUGCAUGUAGAUCUGGAUUGUCUUGAUGGGAGUGUUGCGAGAGUUAACAAGUUUUGGGGUACGAAGGGUGGGUUGAUGGGGGAGGAUUUGCUUAGGUGUAUGGAUCUGCUGGGAAGCGGAGCGGAGGGGAACGUAAUGCCGGUGAGUUUGACUGUUGCGAGCUAUGAUCCGCAGUAUGACGAUGGUGGCAAGGUUGCUGGGAUUGCUGUUGGAGCGGUGGAAGGGUUUGUGAGGGCGCUAAUGGAGACGGGUGUAUUGGAGGUGGACUGAUGGAUGCCUGCUUGCAGCGAUGCAGCAGAGAUC